UCAACCACAACUCAAGCUGCAGCUGCAUCUGCAUCUGCCGGAUUCUGGAAAUGGAUCGGCAUUUGUUACUUCUUUUAAUCGUCAUGGCCAGGAAUGGACUGUGUCAAAAUGGGGAAAGUUGCUCAAAGUCUGUGGUCAACUCCUGCAGUGACUGUAUCAAAUCUGGGCCAGACUGUGUGUGGUGCCAGAAGCUGAAUUUCACCAAAGCAGGUGAGCAGGAAGCAGCCCGCUGUGACACCAAGGCUAAAUUGAUGGACAGAGGCUGCGAGGCGGAAGACAUAAUUUCCCCUGAAAACAAACUAACAGUUGUCAAGAAAGUGCCUCUGUCUCAGUCAUUCAACCAGCAGGAGCCUAUCCAGCUGAGUCCACAGACGAUUGAGCUGAAACUGCGACCUGGGCUUCCUCACAAAUUCACUGUUUCUUUCAAAAGAGUUGAGGGUUAUCCAGUUGAUCUCUACUACCUGAUGGACCUGUCUAACUCCAUGAAAGAUGACCUGGAAAAUAUCAAGAAUUUGGGAAAAGAUCUUUUUGCGGCUCUGAAAAGUAUUACUGAACAUGGACAAAUAGGGUUUGGUGCAUUUGUUGAUAAGACAGUCCUUCCUUACACUAACACCAACGAGGAGAAACUGCGAAGGCCAUGUGAUGAGACUGACCAGUACUGUCAGGCUGCCUUUGGCUACAGACAUGUGCUUAGUAUGACACCAAGUGAGGAUGAGUUCAAGGAAAAAGUGACAGAGCAAUUCAUUUCUGGGAACUUGGACUCUCCUGAAGGGAGUCUUGAUGCCAUGAUGCAGGCUGCCGUAUGUGGGGAAAAAAUAGGCUGGAGGAACAGCAGCACUCGGCUGAUUGUCCUGACUACUGAUGAUGGGUUCCACAUGGCUGGGGAUGGAAAAUUGGCCGGUAUACUGGAGCCAAAUGAUGAAGCUUGCCACAUGCAAAACAACCUUUAUGUCAAGAGCAGUGAGAUGGAUUACCCAUCUGUUGGACAACUAGUAAUGCAGUUGAAGAAAAACAAUAUCCAGCCAAUAUUUGCAGUGACAAAAAAGACUAAGACUGUGUACCAGCAACUCUCUGACAUGAUUCCAAAAUCUGUGGUGGGAGUUCUGUCAGAAGAUUCUAAAAAUGUUGUUGACUUGAUUAACAAUGCCUACAGAAGUCUGUCCUCCAAAGUAACUUUGACCCAUGAAAAUCUCCCAGACAAUGUAAGAGUUGUCUACACCCCUAAAUGUGAGCAUCCUGAAUCAGCACAGGACAACAAGGGAGUAUGUAACAAUGUCCCUGCAGGAACACAGAUUUCCUUUGAUGUCACUUUGACAGCAGACUCAUGUAUGGAGGACACGUCUUUCACUAUCAGACCACUUGGAAUUAAAGACACGUUGACAGUUUCCUUGUCUACAAUCUGUGAGUGUGUUUGUAAAAAUCACACUGAUGUUAGUGGCUCAGCAUACUGCAACAGCCACGGAAAAAUCCAAUGUGGUAUUUGUAGCUGCAAAGAUGGCUAUGUUGGACAGGCCUGUGAAUGCUCCACUGACGAAAGAGAGGAGCGCGCCAAGCGAGCAUCCUGUCAGAAGUCAAAUAACACACAGGAGUGUGAGGGUCGAGGAGACUGUGUAUGUGGCAGGUGCAGGUGCCAUACCACAGAGAGUGGAAAUAGUUACCAUGGUGAUUACUGUGAGUGCGAUGAUGAAAGCUGUGAGAAGUUCCAGAAUCAACUAUGUGGAGGACACGGUGAAUGCAAAUGUGGUGACUGUAUAUGUGACGCAGACUUUGAGGGCUCAGCCUGUGAGUGUAGGAAGUCUGACCAGGCCUGUCGUACCCCUGACAACACUGUGUGCUAUGGCAGAGGGAAAUGCAAGUGUAACCGCUGUGAGUGUGAGGGGGGGUACCAGCGCCCAAAUUGUCAGAAAUGCAUUGGCUGCCCAGACUCCUGCCAGACCAAAUUGAACUGCAUUGAGUGCCUUGGGUUUGAAUCAGGUCCCUUCAAAAAGAACUGCACGGUUGCUUGCAGCAGUAUCCUUCAUUAUCAGAUGGUAGACCGUCUUACCUUAUCAAGCAAGGAGUGCAAGCAGAAGGACUCAGAGGGCUGCUGGAUUAAAUUUAAACUGGAUCAGUUGGUCGGUAAGGACAACUACACGGCUGAAAUUCAGAAACAAAAAGAAUGUCCGGAACCACCCAGUGUCACAGCAAUCAUCGGAGGCUCCGUUGCGGGCGUGGCUGUCAUUGGCAUCCUGCUGCUGAUGCUGCUCAAAUUACUAAUUUAUAUGAAGGACAUGAAAGAGUGGAAGAAAUUUGAAAAUGAAAAGAAGAAAUCCAAGUGGGCAGAGGCUGAUAACCCACUGUUCCAGGAUGCCACCACCACUGUAACCAAUCCAACCUUCACUGGAGAAUGAGUAUUUGCCCUGCAGCAAGCAUUCAUACAGCUGUGGCAAGAGUUUAUCACAACCCUCUUAAAUCUGAACAACAUCUGUGUUACUGCUUUAAAUUUCCAUGUUCACAGAUUUAUUUACAGGCAUUAUUGCUAUUGUGUUAUUAUUGCAUACCAAGGCCUUGCUAUUGAUGAAUUACUAUCCAGAGUUUUAUGUAUUGCAUUUAAUUACUCUGCUUUUUUUUAAAUGACGCACAUUCUUUAUUAUUGCUUAUAAUAUUAUGAGAUAAAAGUACAGUAUGAUAUUUUAAGAAGUUGAUGAGAUUUAAUAUUUACAAUAUGUACAGUAGGAGGAGGAGUUAGAAUGGUACAUAAUAUAAUGGUAACAGAGUGGAUGUAUCAUGUGAUCAGUUUUUUGAAUAGUUGAAAGUUUUUCUGUUAAUAUGGCACAUUAUUUUACAGACUUAAUUCCUUUUUAAAUGUAUAUAAGAAGAGAUCUGAAUUGGAGUUCAAGGAAAUGAAUAAAGAUCAAGUUUAA